AUGAUGUUUAUUUUGUUCUUCCAUUUUCAUUUUUUUGGAAUAAUUGUUGAAGCUUAUUAUCUUUAACAUUUUAUGACUUCAUCAAUUUCUGGUGACGAAGGUAAAGACUAUCAUAUUCAUUUAGGGUGGUUAAUUAAAUCCUUUACAUUGUAGCCUCUGUUCAUACAUAAUAUAGUGUAGGAAACAUAAUUUUUGGGGGAUAUCAGAAAUUUGGAUGUUAUUUGUCAACUAAAACUUAAAUAAUGAAAUAUUUCAUGCUGCCACCUCAUUAUAAAGUGCGUAUAGAUAUCAACUUUUGAAAAUUUUAAUAAAGUUAGAAUAAUCUUUUACUUAUAUUAAUAUAUCUUAAGAAUUGAUGAUUGGCCAAGUGCAUAGCUUUUUUAUAUAAUUGUAGAUUAAUGGACUUAAUCUUGGUAUUUUACAGAUAAUACAGGAUCAAAUAUAAGUGCUGAUAUUGGUUCAGACUAUAGUUCUUCAUAAUAUAAUGAUUUCCCUCUUCAUACAUUAAAUUCAAUAAUUGUAGAAUUAUACUCAGAUUGUUCAACCACAGUAUUUGUUAUUUUAAAAUCUUAAGAAAUUUUGGGGACUUACUAAUUUCUCUAUAACGUUAAAUAAAUGUUACUUAGGAUACCAGUUUUUUUUAGAUUCUACAACUGAUUGUAUCAUGUGGAUAUUGUGGCAAUCAUUUUUUCAACUACAGAACCUUUUUGAUGGUCUUGAAGGUUGGAUUAAGAAUAAGUUUCCCACUUUUACAUUAUAGACCAAUGAUUGUAAGUAUGUAAAGUAAUUAGAGUUUAACUUAAAAUGCUUGUCUUAACUCAAUUUGAUUCUGUAAUAACUUAUCUUACACUACUAGAUCAUCUUUCCUUAAUAAUACAAUUUAGAAUUGAAUAUCUUUCAACUAUGCCCAUAACAGUUAGAGUUUACUAAGUGAGAAAAAGUAGCUUGAUUAUAGAGCAUGGGUAAUUGAUGAUCCUAAAAAUCAAAUUAAAUUAAAAAUAAAUAGUGUAGAUGGUACAGUGGGCAUUCGUGAAUUGUCAGUCAUUCUUCGAGGGCCAAUAAACUUAAUUUAAUGUAUUGAUGAUAAUUUAGUACCAUUUGAUGGUUGUUUUGUUAAGUAAGAAUCAUGUUUGGAAGGGUGUACAUUUUGUGUAAAAGGAGAAUGGUUUGAAUAAAAAUUUUGAGCCAUCUUUCUUGCGGAGAUAAGAUAAUAACAGGAAAUGA